AUGUCAUUCGACAUGGUAACCCAGACAGACGAUGGUGCAGUAGAUGAAGUGUUCAUGGAGGCCUUGGAUAAUGUCAAGGGCAUACAUGCACGUUCAAUGACGCAAUACCGUCGACUUCUCGAGCAAGCACAUGGCGCCUCCGCCGCACAACUUCACGCUCUGCAGGCUGAGUUGCGCGUUCUGCGUGCUUCGAUUGAGGACGAACGCGCUACUGCACGUGCUAUUGAAAUGGAGCGUGAUCAAUUACAGAUGCAACGCGCUUCGGGAUAUCAACCACAAGACGACUUGGAUUUAGCAAGUGUUCUACGCGGUGAUGGACGAGGCAAGUUUAAUGAGAUCGAGGUGAGGAAAGCUGUGAAGAUGUUGAAGAUGCCGGAUCGCGUGCGACUAUUAGCUAUAAUCUUGGAAUCAUGUAUGCCCGGAGAUAUUCGUACACAAAUCGGGCUGCUCGAACGAUACCUCAAAAGCACAUUUGACAUCGUUGGGAACCUCGCUCCCGAGAUUGCUAUUAAAAUUCUCAAGUACCUCACUGUUCGAGAACUACUGGGAGUUGAACCGGUGUCGAAGAAAUGGCAAGCGCUUGUGCAUAACCCUGCGAUAUGGCGGCACCAUUGUUUGGUGCUGACAGCUACGGACCCUAUCCCAUUGAGGCCACCGCCUACUCCGGAAGGAUGGUACGGACGUCUGGAACCUCUGUAUAGAUCUCUCCAUCACCGUGAAGCCAAUUUCCACUAUGGUCUUCCGCAGACCUUGCGUCUCCUCAACGGACAUACGAAUUUCUGCACUACUUUGCUUUUACGAGGAAAGCGGCUGAUCAGCGGGUCUUACGACGAGACAAUUCGGUUCUGGGAUAUCGAGACUGGGGAGAUGAAGAAGUGUCUUCAGGUCAAGAAGCCAGUCAGUUGUAUCGACUUCCUAUUGGAAGAAGAGGUCUUCGUCGCAGGGUUCCAUGAUGUUGGACGCGUCCACCUCUAUUCUUCAGUCACUUUCAACCCACUCCAACAACUCGCUGGACACCUCAACGGUAUCCGUGCCGUCGCACUCUCUUCUCGAAACCUCGUCUCUGCAGGUGCGGAUAAAGCACUUGUAUGCUGGGACUGGCGAACGGGUACGAAGAUAGUGCGUUUCGGUCAGCAAACGACGGUAAAUAUCGGUGUGCAAAUCAUUUCCGGCGACGCAGAGACGGGAGAAAGGGUAGUUAGCGUGACGAUUGACGGAUUCGUCAGGGUUUUCUCUAUUGCGAAAAGAGAGAUGAUUUCGCAGUUUAAACUUUCUGAACUAGGUGGGAAUGACCCUGUUUUAAAUUCGAAGUUGUUCAACGUUGGCCGUGCACCGGAUAAUAUGCUACAAUGGUUUGCCGCAAAAGGGACGCAGAUGACCUGCGCUACAAAAUCCGUCAUCUUACAUCUCCAAUGGACCGAGAGCGAAGCUCAACCGGAAGACGUGACAAGUCCCACAGCCCUAGACUCCGCAUCUCCUAUUUCACCUCGCGCAAACGGAGCCAACGGCGCACCACUCAAAAAUCGACAAUCGCUCGUCAGUCCUCUUGCGCGCUCUGUAUCCUCUUAUGGCGGUCCACGCAAGAAGGUACUUAGCAUGUCGGCUUCGUCACGGCCAUCGCCUCGACCCUCGCUCUCCAUUCCCAGUUCAGCGAACUCGUCAUUGUCAUUUUCCUCUUCGAGGAGUGGCUCGCCUGGCUCGCCGUUCUUCAAUGUGCGUUUUGGUCAGGCGGCAGUAUUGACCGCGCCACCUCGGCUUGUAGCUGUUGUUGAGACGCCUGAUGUUGCACUUGGGUGUGUGGAUGCUCAAAAGAGAAGGGUCGUUACUGCGACGAGAUUUAGUAGUCGAGCGGGUGCUGAUCGUCGGAUAUUCAUAUCCACGCAUCGAGACGAGUCACUCUCUUCCUCCACUUCCCAGCACAACGAAACAGAAUCAACAGAGUCCAACGAGUCACGUGCCGACCCGACUAAGUUCAGUACUGAUAUUACGGCUUUAUCUGGUGUCUGGGGUGCACUUGCGAACGUCGAUGAAAAUGGUGUCGCACCAGUAUUUACGGAUGUGAAAGGCGUUCUGGGUAAUUUCCCCGCGAAGUUCCAGGGUCUGGCGACACCUGCGAUGAACCCGAUGUCGAUGCAACUUACGCAUGAGGAGGUUGUUGUUGGCUGUGCCGAUGGCACAAUAUAUGUGAUGAGCUUCGUGGGACACGAGUAUGCCCUCCCACCUCGGAAGAAAAUCGCCGAUGACGAGGACGAAGUAAAUGAAGACGAAGGACUUGACGAGGAAGAUGAAUACGAAGACCAAGACGAAAGGCUUUCUUCUCCUGAAAAUUUCGAUAUGUAG